UGCAGUGUCAUGUUGGUUUAAUUAAUUUCGAAGUAAUAUUGUACCUAUUGCAUAAUAUAUGAGUUCAUCUCGAUCAAAGGUCAUGCGCGUUGUAGUAUUAAAAGGCUUAACGUUAUUUGCCCCACCUUUAUUUGCAAAAGGUGUGGAGGCUUGAAAAUGUCAGGAAUACAGCAGAACCAGGACUUAAAAUAUGUGAUCGUUAAAAUUGCUGAGGGCAUAUUACGUGGAAGGAUGGUCACAAGUUUGUAUGGCACGGAAUAUUGCAGUUUUAAGGGUAUACCGUACGCAAAACCACCUGUAGGACAGCUACGGUUUAAGCCUCCGGAACCGCCGGUUGGCUGGGAUGGUGUGAGAGACGCGCUCUCAGAAGGCAAUGUCUGUCUUCAGAAGAGCUAUAGUGGCAGUGGGUUGGUAGGAGACGAAGAUUGCUUGUUCCUCAAUGUAUACACGCCGUCUGUACCUGCCCUGGGGCAGACCGGUGCCGCGAAGGCCGUGAUGGUCUGGAUCCACGGCGGAGCGUUCACCACAGGGUCGGGAAACGCCGACAGAUUCGGUCCAGACUACCUCAUUCGGGAAGACAUUGUGCUUGUGACCAUCAACUACAGACUUGGUGCCCUUGGGUUCCUCAGCCUGGAGGACGGUGUCCUGCCGGGAAACGCCGGCAUGAAGGACCAGGUGGAGGCGUUGCGCUGGGUCCGCCGGAACAUCGGGCACUUCGGCGGCGACCCGGGCCGGGUGACGAUAUUCGGGCAGAGUGCCGGAGCGGCCAGCGUGCACCUCCACACCAUGUCGCCCAUGUCCGCAGGCCUGUUCCACGGGGCGAUCAGCCAGAGCGGAUGCGCACUCAACAACUGGUCCUUGGCGACCGGUGCACGGCAGAGUGCGCUCCGCCUGGGCAAGGAGUUGGGCUGCCACUCAGACAGCCUGGACGAUCUGCUCCAGUUCCUGACCUCGGUGCCUGCGAGCAGUCUGGUCGAUGCUCAGUACAGGGUGGUGACGAACGAGCUGCGGCUGAGAAUGAGCGGCGUGGUGUUCACUCCCGUCGUGGAGAAGAAUUCGACUGCCGUGGGAACCACCUUCCUCCCGGACGAGCCCUUGGCACUGCUGAAAGCCGGCAGGGUCCACAAAGUGCCCCAGGUCAUCGGCUUCAACUCCAAGGAAGGGAUCUGGAUGUGGCAGCGCAUGAGCAACCAACCAGCGUUCUUUGUUGGGAUCGAUAAGAACUUUGAGUUCGUCCUCCCCAAUAUGCUGGGCUUGCAGCCGUCAACGGAGAAGAGCAAGACUCUGGCCGCGAGAGUGAAGAAGCAUUACUUUGGCGAACAACCCGUCUCCGAGCACACCCAGGAUGAAUUUGUGGAGCUGGCCACGGACCAAAUAUUCGCGAUGCCGAUCCGCCAGGCGGUCCAGCUGCAGGCAGCCCGCACCGCGGAGAAGAUCUACCACUACCACUUCGUGCACGACGGGAAGCUGGGGCAUGCCAAGAGGUUCCUGGACCGUUCCAGCAUACCGGGGGUGACCCACUCCGACGAACUUGGAUACUUGUUCCUGCCAUCUCGUAUUCCUGUCUCUCCAGAACCGAGCGACGUAAUUGUAAUGAAACACAUGGUGAGGAUGUGGACCAACUUUGCAAAGACAGGAGAUCCCAACAUUCCCAACAAAUCCGAAGAAGGCGUCACUUGGGUACCGUUUUCUCAGUCGGAACCAAAUUGCCUGGAGAUUGACGAGAGACUGGUUCUUCGUCAGGAUGUGCGGCAGGACCAUUUCCAGUUGUGGGAUGAGGUUGUCGGUGAAUGUGACAUAUUGACGUAAGGCAGUGCAGGGAUGACUCUCUUGCCCCUGCCAAGAUGAUUCAAGUAUUAUUUUAUAAAUUUGAUGCAUAAAAUGAAGUAUGUAUGUAGUUACGUAUGUGCUGCAAGAGGUUUUAAUGUGACUAUUUCAGUUGGGCUUACAAGUUAAAGUUCCUUAAUUUUAUGAGUGGACCAAGUAUUGUAAGAGUGUAUCAAAAUCAAUGUUUCUCUUUCACUGGAAAUGAUUUACUGAAAUGAAAAAUUAUCUAUACAGUAAAACCUUUUUGUUGCGACCCCAUUUAUUGAGACCACCUCUCUAUUACAACCCGAUUUCGAGGAACCGUGAAAAAAUUGCUGAAAAUCGGACAGAAAAUAAGUUUCUUGUGGUGAGAAGCAUUUUACUGCGUUUCUCUUGCCGAGUGCUGUACUGCCGCAGGCAGCCAUAUCUAAAAAUAGAUACCACUUCCUGUCAACCGCUGUCAGCGCUUGACAACCCCCAUUCCACGUCCCUUUGCCGGCAGGGUGCAGAUAAAGGUUUUUGUGGCAACGUGUUUACGUUUAGUUUAAGCGAGUGUGUCUAGUGUGGUACGCAGUUAAGGCAAAAACAAAAAAAAAUCUACCUGCUGGAUUUCUCUUGAUUUUGAUUACUAUCGGUUGACAAUGUUUGCUUAGUUUUUGAAGUCUGAUUUGGUAUAUUUUCUGGCUUGAAUUUGUGAACUAAUACAAUGCAUGAAAAACGCUCCGGCCUCAGCGUGUGAACAUGGUAGUCGGCCGCUCGCUCGCCCUUGCUCACCCUCACCCCGUACCGUGCGCUGCGGCCGAUCUCGGAUGCUGCUUGUACUUGUUAACAAUCACGUUAUCUGCUUCAUUUUAACGAGAAUAAAAAUAUAUUUAAACUGUCAGCAAAUUGAUAAAAGCUUUAUUUGUCCACAAAACAGGGCACAACACUGGCCCGCAAGGCUACGCCACUUUUUUCCCACGCAGGAAAAACACUGGCUGCCGUCUGUCUUCCCCGCAUUUAUCUUUCUUCUAACAUUCCACGUCUCACCUCUCGCGCGAGCAAUAACGAAGCGACCACUCAUUGGGCCGUUUUAUGCUUUGGUGACAGCAGCUUGAUUUUAUUCGGUAUAUUCCUUUUCAUAUGACCCUUGCAAUUAAAAUACAUUUAUAUUUAAGUUUGAAAGCUUGUAAAUUCCUUGUCAGAGAUGACUGAACUCGAACUUGGUGUGAAAAGUGACAUACAUAUUUUGACAUACUUUUUUUGGGCGUGUUUGGGGGGAGGGAGGGGUCCGAAAAUAUUUACAAUGAUCUUACCCCUCCCUCACCGCUUUAGUACCCCAUUCAUAAUAGCCCAGUUUUAUGGGAGAAAGGAGGGUGAAAUGAGCAUUUUCUCACUGAAGGUUUUUCAAAGGGGAGCGAAGUUGGGGUGUUAUAAGGGAGGACACUAGAUGGUUUGUGUGUCUGGGAGGGAUGAGCUAGCCUUGAAGAAUGUUAAUGAGAGGGGAGGGAGGUGUGAGCUUAUGCGUCAUGAAGCCGCUGCCGCCAGCCAGCCGGGCGAGCUUAGUGUGCGUCCACUCACGUUGCAGAACCUACCGCUGCCAUAUUUUUAAAGGAAAUGUCCUUUAUUAUUUUUGUUAUUCUUACAUGAACAUUAUUGGAAGUAUUAAAGCCGACACAAAAAUACGAUGUGUGUUAAAAUUAACAGAUUUUAAUGAUCUUUCAUUUCAUUUCGUUUUUUUUUUUUUUUUUUUCAAUUUUUUCUGAUUUUCACAUUUUGGUAAAAAUGUCCAAGUUUUUGACGGUUCCCGAGAAUGUAUUCGUAAAAUCACUGCUUCGUUAAAUCCGGGGUUCUAGUGUAUUUAACUAUGGCAAGCAGAAAACGUACAUGUAAACUAACCAGUAAAAAUAAAUUAAAUGUCUUUUGACAUAUUUUCUUUAGAGGUGGCCUGUAGGGCGGCGGACUUGUCAUGAAGGUUGAAGUGGGUUUAAAGCAAAGCCGUCUGGCAUUGUGAGUGACAGCAUCCUGCCAUUGUACGGCUGGUUUCUUAGCGAGUAGCGGUUUGAAAAGAUGGGUGGUGGGGGAGGGGGGGUGGAUGGGGGGGGGGAGAGAGAGUUGAAAUCAACUGGAAAUUUCGGAAAACAUCUAUUACGACCCCCUCUAUUAAGACCAUAUUCCUGGGAACCGUGAGGGGUCGUUUCAGAGAGGUUUGACUGUAUUAUUAAUUAAUGUAAAAAAAAAAUAGGUUUGCAAGAUAAUAAAUUUUUCACUUAGAAUUUAAUGGAACUAAUUUAAAGAUAACUAUUACAGUUGGGAAUAAUUAUUUUUGGAAUGAUGUGUUUGAAGUUAAAUGUUCUUCGUGUGACCAGAAAAUAAUUUUUGUUUUUUAGAGUGCAUCAUUUAUAUUCAUUAGAAAUUUUUUAGUGAAUAAUAAAGUUAAAAAGGGUGAAAAUGUGAUUUAAAAAAAGGUUUAAUAAACUUAUGCAAAUGGCCUCAUCUAAAGUGAUUCUUGUGAACAAAUCUUGUUAAAUAUUAUUUUGAAUUAUUGUGAUUAGUUUUUUUUUGUAUCCAUCUAUGUAACACUUGAACAGCAGAUUCUUUCUAAGGCAAUUUUUUCCAUAAGAUUCAAAUAGAGUUAUCCAUCAAAAUUGAGAUACACCCAACCCUCGAAGUAACACUGAUCAAGUUGCGUGGUUUUGAAGUGAUGAAACCAAUAAAUUACGGCAUGAUUUAAAAUAGCGUUGUCAUAGAUUCGAAGUAGCACUUUUUUUCUGUUACGUGAAAUUUUAUUUCCGUGCUAGCACAAUGGCAACGGCACUUGAUUAACAUUAAAUACAGUGCAACAAUUUAACAAUGUAACGAAUCAACAAUAUUUUGCUCUUUUCUUAAUAUGUAGCUUCGCUUCCUUCAUUGCGUAUUUAUUUCUGACGAUGCCAGUGUGUUCAGUCAAUGUUCAUAUUCUGCCAUCCUGCAUGUCAGUAACAGCUUUGGAGAGAAAAGCCAGAAGCUUUCAGCUUACUUCGUGCGUACUAUGAUGCCCUAGUGGUAUAUCAUUAUAGAAACACAUUUUCUAAACAACAGAGCCUGGAAUUACGUUAAAAGGUUAAAUAAUCUUUCUAAUAAUAUAAAACUAAGUGAAUCUUUCUAGAAAUGAAAAAUAUCUUCUAUAUUAAUAUUAUUUUGUAACUCAGAAAUGUUUUUAGUACCUACUAAGGAAUGUUAUGCCUAAGCCCUAUGUUGUAAUUCAAAUUUUGUAUGCACUUAAAAUGUAUUUAGACAUAUAUGUAUUAGCACUGUAAAUAAUUUUUAACGGUAGUAGUGUCUUGAUUAAAAUGUUAAGUCAGCAAGCACACUUACCUGAAUGUAAAACAAAUUAUUUUGAUCAAUAUACUCUAAGGAAAAAAACAUAUUUGAUUACCGUUCUGUUUUCUUGGAACAAAUUUGGUCAUUAUUUCGAGGUGCAGAUGAAUAUAUUUGUGUAUUCUAACUGUAGUUAAAAUGACACAUCCAGAGAUAUGUUCUGGCUUUAUUCAAGCUGAUGGCACAGUAAUGCUGGUUUAUUUAGUGCCCACGAGAUUGGAGCCGCGUCAAAAUGGAGCUUUUACUGAGCAUAUCCUUCCAUUUAAGUUCACUUCAAAUUGAUCAGAUUGUCUCUUCAAGAUUUUGCACCUAAUAUUUCUAUAUAUGUGACAACUAAUAGACAUACUAUGGGUUUAUUUUUUAUGCAGUUUAUUCGUUAAAAAAAAUGAAUAUAACACUAAAAUGUUAGUAAAAUACUUAUUUCUCCAAAAUAGUAUCAUUUUGACUGUGAUGCAGUUUGCAUUUAUAAAAAAAAAUUAUUUGUAAUAUGUAUGUAUAGGACAAAAUUAUUUGGAAUAAAAAUAAGUUGACCAACAUUUGUGUGUUGGAAAAUGUAGGUACCGGUAAAUGUGAUUCAGAUGCAAGGCCAGACAGUAUUGUAAUUUUUUUCUAUUUAUAUGGUCAAUACAUUUUGGUAUUCGCUGAAUAAAAUAUAUUUACCGAAUAAACUAUUAAAAAAAGAUUAUGUUUUUGUAAUUAGGGAUGAAUUUUGUUAAAAUGCAGAUUAAUUUCAUGAUUUUAGUUGCAUUUCUAUGCAAUAUGUUAUAUUAAUUUGCAUUUCGGUGUUAUGCAAUGUAUUGUAGUGCAUUUCUGUGUUAUUACGUAUUUAUUGCAAACCAACGUAAAAAUAUUGUCCCUAUUUAUUAAGCAGCCAAAAGUCACCAUCAUACCUGUAUUUCUGUACAAAUGUAAUUUAAAAAAUAAAAGAGAGUAAAACAGGA